AUGCCGUUCUUCAGCGGUCGAGCGCGUCCCAUUUCACGCACGGCGAGCAAUGGGUCUCACACAGCCACUGCCACUGCCACAGCGCCACUCUCACCACAACAACAACAACAACACCCACAACAACACCCACAACGUCAGUAUCCCCUGCGCAACGUCUGCCUAAGUGACAACGAGCUCUUGUCGCGUCUGCACCAGUGCGACGCGGCGCUCGCGCUCCAGACAGCGCUCGCCGAUCCACUGAGUUCCUGGGACGCGAGUCACCGCACGUCGUGUAUCAGCCUCAGCGCCACUGCUCGUCGCGAGACCUUUGAGCUCUCCACCCGUCUCAAGAACGACACGAAAGCACAGCACCUCCACACAACCCCUUCGCCUUCUUCUUCGCCUUCUUCUUCCACCACCAGCAGCUCCACCUCUGGCGUCUUUGAAGUCUUAGCCGUCGGGUGCAUUGCCUGCAGUGCGCACGAACUCGUUGGCGUCCUCCGCCCGACAAGUGAACCCGAGUUCAACACUGCUAUGAAAGCCGUCUACGGCCGCCGCUUUAUCUACGGCAGUCUCGUGCACGACCUCGAGCGGCCGACCGCACACCCGCCCAACGUCAAUGGAACGCACCACGUGACGGUAAAAACCGCGUGCUUUGCUCGCCCGCACGUCCUCCUCACCCGCAACGAGCAGUGGUGUUUCCUCGACUCGUUCCAGCCCACGACCUUUGCACCCGUCGCUUCCGAAGCCGACUUGUCCAAGGGGUUCUCAAUCCUUCGGCUCUCGCUCUCGCCUCAAGACGUGGCCACGGGCAAAGCAGUGGAAGGCCGCGUGAGUCACAUUGCCAACCUCUCGACGCUCGUUGUCGUUGACACUGUCCCCGCCGUGUCAAAAGACGUGAGCGACGGCACGUCGACGAAACUCCGCGUCGUGUUCUACGCCUCGACGCGUACCCCUUCACACGCUUCGUCUUCGUCUUCGUCUUCUUCGUCAUCGUCUGCUUCAGCUCACCACCAGUCACAGCACCUGUCCAGUGCGAGUGAGAAAGCCACACGGGCACGGGCUGUGGCCUUUGCCCACGGCAUUGCGCGGCUGCCGGCCGUCGUGCGCCGCCGGCGGUUGGGUGUCCAAGUGUUUGCCUCGGAAGCGCUCGUCAACGCCGUACCGGACACCUCGUUGCACUCGAACACGCGCUGCGUGGCGUGCACCAAAGGCCUUCGCCUGAGUGCCAUCGUCCGCCGCGCGCGCCGGUGCCACCUCUGCGCCUAUAGCGUCUGCCGCACGUGCUGGUCGCGCGAGCCCAUUGAAACGAGCAGCGGUCACGUCGUUAUGCUCGGCGUCUGCACGCGGUGCCUCGAGUGGGUCGACCGCUGCGACUACUCGAACGUGCGCGACGGCAGUCGCGGCGUUUUGCGGAUCGUCGACGACUCCGAGUUCGAAGGGCCACCUGCGGCGCCGUCGCGACCUCUUCUUGGCCACAGCUUUGAGAACGACCUCGCGGCCGAAGCUACGAAAGAAGCGGCCGUGACGGUGAUCAAGAUGCUCCUUGGGCGGCACAAGGCGGAAGACGGUCCCGUGGCGUUGACAAGAGGAGCCAACGAAGGUCCAGUGCAGGACGAGAAGCGGGAGUACAUGUCUGCAGUGGAAGCGUAUUUUCGACGCCGGACGACGGACGCACCGCGAGCAGAAGACUGUGUGCUUGCGAAUGCAGUGGAACGGAGUUAUGCGGUGCACCCAGCGGACGCACAGGUGGGGUCGCCCCCAGCGCCGAUUCCUGCGAACGAAGUCGCUCGGCUCGAGUGGAUCACCCGCGUACGGCUCAUGGACUACAACGAGCCGCUGCCGGAGCUCGACAUCAUUUGCUCCUUCUUGCGCCGCGAGAUGGGCUUUUUUUGCGUCAUGGUGACGAUCGUCGGCGCGACGCAUCAGUUGGUACUGAGCUGCACGAUGGCGGAGCUCGUGCACGCGCUGUUGCCGCGGGAACAUACGUUUUGCCAGCACUUGAUGAUGGGCACGGCGCCGUUCAUUGUGCGCCACCCGGAAGCCGACAUUCGGUUCUACAACCUCAAUCCCGUCAAGUUCCAAGGGGCAAAGUACUACUGCGGGAUCCCCGUUGUCGGACCUGAUGGACUCGUCGUGGGCUCUAUUUGCUGCGUCCAUACGUCGACGAUGGACAUUACGCGGAUGCAGUACGAUACGCUCGUGCGCUUUGGCGAGAUCGCGUCUCGGAUCAUCCGAACAAAAGCAGAGGCCAUGCAGCAGACAUCGUGGGAGUGA